UUGAGAUGGAGAAGGGAGGACUGAGGAGUGGUGACAACUGACAAAGUGGUCAUCCCUCAUUUUCCAUUCGCUCCCCCACUCAUUGCUGAAAAGUGAAAACCUCCUUCAAUAAGUCCGUCAUUUCCUCGCUCUUUCACUCUAACACCUCUAGUUCACAUCGAACCUUCUGGAAUUUUCUUCCAUGUCACUCUCACGGGGACAUUCCCGUCAUUUCCCCUGCACUAUAUACCGACUCUCAUUUCCACGAUCCAAACCGAGUAGUGAGAGUGUAGGUUGAACUUUGGACGUUGCUUAGUUUUGUUUUAUAAACUUUUAUUGUUUUAAGUGUUUUCAUUUCGCUCCCCAUUUCUCCAAUUUGAACACCACCACAACAUGGACAGAGGCGGUUAUAAUCAGAGACGUGGUGGUGGUAACGCCAGAGGCAACGGAAGAGGAGGCCGCAUGAGAGGAAGAGCAAGAGGAAGAAACUUUUCCCAACCCCCACGGCAACCGGCUGACAGUGGCGUAGGAAGAGGCACCGCCGGCAGAGGAUUUUAUCCGCAGCCACCACCACCACAGUGGCAGCCAAGGCAGCAGAACACCAUCUCCGGGGGCACAUCAACCGCAACCGGCAGCGGAACCGCACCUCCAAGUCUCGUUUCCCCUCCGUCAAACCCUCCUCCUCCCACUCAAAAAGUUGUUCCGGUUGCCGGAAUGGGAACGAUUGGAACGUCUUCAGACUCCAAUGAAACGAUCUCACCCAUUCAGAGGCCCGACGCCGGUGGCACGGUGGCGGUUAGGAUCAAGACUCUUCAGGUGAACCAUUUUCCAGUGAAAUUCAACCCAGAGAGCAGGAUCAUGCACUACAAUGUCGAUGUGAGUCCCCAAUCGCCGCCACAACCAGGCCGUCCACCGAGGAGGAUAUCAAAGACCGAACUGUCAUUGAUCCGUGACAAGUUGUUCCUUGACCAUCCGGAGCUGCCGCUAGAGAUGACUGCCUACGAUGGUGAGAAGAACAUUUUUAGCAAGGUUAGUUUGCCCGAAGAGGCUUUUGUGGUGGAAGUGUCCAAGGGAGAGGACGAGAGGCCCACAGGAUUCAACGUGACGUUGACUCUAGUCAACAUUCUUGAGAUGAGUAGGUUGGAGGAUUACAUCAGAGGCAGGGCAUUGUCAAUCCCCAGAGUGAUCUUGCAGGGUGUGGAUGUGGUCUUCAAGGAGAAUCCAACAAAAUGUACUGUUCCGGUUGGUCGCUGCUUCUACCCAAUGAACCCGAAAUUUAGAGAGACGAAUCUUCAGCCUGGUGUGAUUGCUGUUGGAGGGUUUCAGCAUAGUCUCAAACCAACCCGUCAAGGACUGUCAUUGUGCUUGGAUUAUUCGGUUUUGUCUUUCAAGAAAAAAAUGCCAGUGCUGGAUUUCCUUCAUCAACAGAUUACCGGUUUCAAUUUGCGCGAAUUCGGAAGGUACAGAAAACAUGUUGAAAAUGUGCUAAUUGGUUUGAAGGUUCAUGUCACCCACCGGAGGACCAAACAGAAUAACCCCACUGGGCAGCUUAACCUUGUUGGCUACUUCCACGAUAGGUAUCAGAUUGAUAUCAGGUACAAGGACAUCCCUGCAUUGGAUUUUGGAGGUAACAAGACCAACUAUGUGCCAAUGGAACUUUGUGUCUUGGUUGAGGGUCAGAGGUAUCCCAAAGAGUAUUUGAGUAAGGAUGCUGCGAAGAAUUUGAAAGAUAUGUGCCUGCCUCCACCGAGAGUGAGGCAAGCUGCAAUACAGGAUAUGGUGAAUUCAAGAUGUGGACCCUGUGGGGGUGGUAUCGUUGAAAAUUUUGAAAUGAAUGUCAGCAAUGCUAUGACAACAGUGACUGGCCGUGUACUUGGACCCCCAAAACUGAAGCUUAGCGAUCCAAGUGGCAGGACUAUCCAGAUGGCAUUGACUCCAGAGAAGUGCCAAUGGAAUUUAGUUGAGAAGUCAAUGUUUGAAGGUAAGUCAGUUGAGUGUUGGGGCAUUCUUGAUUUCACCUUCCGCAGUAAAUGUAUCUUUAGCGGUCAAAGAUUCAUUUCUAAGCUUAUUGAGAAGUACGAUAAAUUUGGCAUCAUCAUGAAGGAGCCAGUUUGGAUAGAAAAAACAGACAUGUUGAAACUUGGCAACUAUAAUCAGCUUUCUGACUUACUUGAAAAGAUUAAUGAUGAGGUUUUCAGAAAAUGUAGAUGCCGGCUGCAAUUUCUUCUGUGUGUAAUGGCCUACAAAGAUCCAGGUUACAAGUGCCUCAAGUGGAUUGCUGAGACCAAGGUCGGCAUUGUGACACAGUGCUGCUUGUCGGGUAAUACUAAUUCUGCAAAAGAUCAAUAUCUUACUAAUCUUGCUCUCAAGAUCAAUGCGAAAAUUGGAGGCAGCAAUGUGGAGCUUAUUAAUAGGCUUCCUCACUUUGAGGGCGAUGGUCAUGUUAUGUUUAUCGGGGCUGAUGUAAAUCAUCCGGCUUCCAGAGAUGCAAAUAGUCCAUCAAUGGCUGCUGUGGUUGCCACUGUUAAUUGGCCGGCUGCAAACCGCUAUGCUGCUCGAGUUUGCGCUCAAGAGCAUCGAACUGAGAAGAUUUUGAACUUUGGAGAAGUUUGCCUUGAGCUUGUUUCAUGUUAUGAAAGGCUGAAUGGAGCCAAGCCUGAAAAGAUUGUUAUCUUCCGUGAUGGGGUCAGUGAAAGUCAAUUUCAGAUGGUUCUUGGUGAAGAGCUUCAGGAUUUGAAGAGGACCUUUGAACGUGCAAAUUACUCCCCAACCAUUACUCUUAUUGUGGCACAAAAGCGACACCAGACUCGACUCUUCCCUUCUCCUCCUGAUAAUGAGACGACGUCUGCUACUCGCGGCAAUGUGUUGCCUGGAACAGUAGUGGAUACAGUCAUCAUCCACCCCUUUGAGUUUGACUUUUAUCUGGUUAGUCACCAUGGAAGCCUGGGAACAAGCAAGCCCACUCAUUACCAUGUCUUGUGGGAUGAGCACGAUUUCACGUCAGAUAAACUCCAGGAACUGAUAUAUGACAUGUGCUUUACGUUUGCGCGGUGCACGAAACCUGUGUCUUUAGUCCCUCCGGUGUACUAUGCUGACCUUGCUGCAUACAGAGGACGACAAUACUAUGAAGCAAAGAUUGGGAUGCAAUCUCCGUAUUCAGCUACAUCUUCUUCAUCAUCACCUUUGGCUUCUUCAUCCGUUUCUUCAGCUACUUCAAAUUCGAAUGAUAUGGACUUCUACAAGCUGCAUUCUGAUCUGGAAAAUAUAAUGUUCUUCAUCUAAAGGGUCUUUAUAAUGUUAUCUAAAGAGUCUUCAUUCCCUACAACAAUGCACAGAGGAAUCUCAUUGUCAGUUAGAUCAACAUUUAGAUUUACAGUUACAAUGUUUUCAUGUCAGAUAUAUGGCAAUCUGAGAGGAGGAAAAUAUUUGGAGAUGAUAAAAAUACUUAUUUAGUUAACAAAAUAAUGGGUAUAGACACUAAUGUCAAGUUUAGUUUUCGCUUAAUGAUUGUCUCUGUAUUAAGUUUUCACGGCAUGAUCUUAUACUAACUCUGCCUAUGU